AUGUCUCGACACCGAGAUAUCCGCAAUAUGAACUACCGAGACGAACUGGAUGAUGCUGCCAUAUCGGAUGGCGGAGACGAAGACAUGACACCGGAGCAACAAGCGCAAAUCAACGACGGCCUGGAGCAAGUGCGACUGAUUAUAGGCGAUGAAGCCUCCUCCGACAUAUCAGACCGCUCCAUCAAAGAAGCUCUUUGGGAAUACUACUUUGACGUCGACAAGACGGUGCAAUGGGCCUAUGAGGAGCGCCAAAGGAGGAAGAUCGCAAGGGAACGGAAAGCCGCAAAGGAACGUGAGAAGGCUUUAAAACAGCAAGCUCAGAGGUCUACUGCCCCUUCUGCUGCAGCUUCUCGUGCAGGAACGCCUGUUGGAUCUCCGUCGAAGCCCAAAAAGUCCAUCGGUGUAUCCUUCGCUUCGGGAUCAUCGACUCCUGCAAGGAAAAUGGCUACCGACCAGCAACAGCUGGACCUCUCAGGUUUGAACUUGACUGCGGGUGCAACUAAUCAGGCUGAAGUUCUAGAUGAGCCGCCGCCAAAGAUGAGUAUUGCCAGAGAAAAAGUUUUAGAGGAGGCCAGGCGAGCUUUGGAUGCUGAAGGGGAGAAGAAAGGGAUCAGUAUCGUUGUUAUUGGCCAUGUUGAUGCUGGAAAAUCUACGCUUAUGGGAAGACUAUUGUAUGAGCUAGGCAGGCUUGAUGAAAAAACAAAACGUGCCAAUGAAAGAGGAAGUGAGAAGAUUGGCAAAAGCAGCUUUAGUUGGGCCUGGGGUUUGGAUGGGACCAUCGAAGAAAGAGAACGGGGCAUCACGAUGGACAUUGCCUUGCAGACACUCGCGACUCCGAAUAGACAAAUUACUGUCUUAGACGCCCCAGGACACAAGGACUUUAUCCCAAACAUGAUAUCUGGAGCCUCGCAGGCUGACUGUGCACUGCUCGUGGUCGAUUCGACGACUGGAGAAUUUGAAUCCGGUUUCCAGCGUGGUGGUCAGACACGAGAGCAUCUAAUACUUGUUCGCAGCCUCGGCGUAGCUCAGGUCAUAGUGGCGGUCAACAAACUCGAUCAGGUGGAAUGGAGUCGUAGUCGAUACGAUGAGAUCUGCGGGGCUUUGCGACCUUUCUUAGUGCAGACAGGAUUCCAACCCUCCAAAACAAAGUUCUUGCCUGUAGGUGCCAUGCAAGGAAUAAAUCUUGUUAGCUGCGAUGGGCCCGCAGCAGCAGAGCUCAAGCAAUGGUAUAAAGGGCCGACGUUGGUCGAUUUGCUUGAUACACUGGUCCCGCCUGUUCGUGAUAUCACAAGUCCAUUGCGAGUGCCUAUAUCGAAUGUCUUCAAAGGCUCGGGUUCAGGAGUCGCAGUCUCAGGAAGGCUCUGCGGCGGAGUCGUUCAAGUUGGCGAAAAGUUAAGGGCCCUUCCCGGAGAAGAGACCGCUAUCGUCAAAUCAAUUGAAAUCGAGGAUCAAUCAGUUCCAUGGGCAGCAUCUGGGUCAAAUGUGACUCUCUACUUGACGGCGAUUGAUCCAGUCAACCUCAACGUCGGCAGCGUAUUAUGCCCCUCGACGGAUCUCGUCACUCUGGCCACAUCCUUCGUUGCAAGAAUAAUCGUUUUUGACAUUCAAGUUCCUAUCACCGCUGGUGCAUCAGUCGAAAUCUGCCACCAUUCGCGCGACGUUCCUGCCACAGUUGUCAAGCUUAUAUCUACUCUUGAUCGCGCCAGCGGGAAAGUGGUGAAGCAGAACCCUCGGGUACUCGCGAAGGGUGUUUCAGCUGAAGUUCGGCUUGCACUACGAACCACCCAGAUCUCUGGAUCUUCUUCAGCAGCACGCGGCAUUCCAUUAGAAACUUUUGCGACGAACAAAGAUAUGGGUCGCAUCUUGAUUAGACGCGGGGGUGAAACCAUUGCUGCUGGUAAGGCCAUAAAUUUCCUUGCUGUGUUCGACAUCCUAACCUCCUUCAAAGGCGUUGUUCUGGAAAUCGACGAAUAG